AGCUCACUGGUGAACUGUUUGACACUCUGGACAUCGUCACUCACCUCUCUGGACAGGAGACGCUCUCUCUCCUCUCUGCUUGGCUCCAAACACAAGCCAGCUCCAACACCAGUCUGGGCCAGCAACACCUUUCAUUAAGGACUUGCCUCACAGCUCCCCUCCGCUGUAGAAAGUCAACUGUGCCUGCUUUGGAAGAUUCCAUCGCUCCAUAUCCUUAGAUUCCUUUAAUAUUCCUUUCAGUCUGAAGAAAUAAGAGCACCGGUAUCAGUCACUGUCUGUCAUAAGAAUGGAAAUGCAGAAGCAAUCAAACGGUAACCACCACGGUGACUUUGCCCAUCUGGAAGGAGGAGUCAAACCAGAGGGAGAAAAGUUCCUACCACAGAAGAGCAAUGGGACAAAGACACCACAGUUCACAGAUUUUGAGGGUAAAACCUCAUUUGGGAUGUCCGUCUUUAACUUGAGCAAUGCGAUCAUGGGCAGUGGCAUUCUGGGUCUGUCAUACGCCAUGUCAAACACCGGCAUCGUCCUUUUCCUGAUCCUGCUGACGUGUAUCGCCUGCCUGUCCAGUUACUCUAUUCACUUAUUGCUGCGCAGUGCUGGAAUUGUGGGUAUCCGUGCCUAUGAACAGCUGGGGCUGCGUGCCUUUGGACAUCCAGGAAAGAUCCUGGCGGCUGUCAUUAUAACUCUACAUAACAUUGGUGCCAUGUCCAGUUACCUCUUCAUUGUGAAAUACGAGUUACCACUGGUCAUCCAAGCCUUUCUUGGCCAGACAUCAACCUCUGAGGAUUGGUUCAUGAACGGAAACUACCUCAUUAUCAUCGUCAGUGUCUGCAUCAUCCUGCCCCUGGCGCUUAUGAAACACCUGGGGUAUCUUGGCUACACCAGCGGCUUCUCCCUCACCUGUAUGGUCUUCUUCCUCUCCUCGGUCAUCUACAAAAGAUUCAACAUCGCUUGCCCCCUGGAGGCAUUUGGCAACUUCUCUGUUAACAGCACCAUCCCAGAGGACACAUGCACGGCCAAAUUCUUCACCAUAAACCAAGAGACGGCAUACACCAUCCCCAUCUUGGCAUUUGCUUUUGUGUGUCACCCGGAAGUGCUUCCCAUCUACACUGAAUUGCGCAACCCAACCAAAAGGAGAAUGCAGAACAUUGGCAACCUCUCCAUCCUCGGCAUGUUCGUCAUGUACCUCCUCACAGCCAUCUUUGGUUAUUUCACCUUCUACGAGAACACUGAGGCAGAGCUCCUCCACACCUACAGUAAGGUGGACCCUCUGGACACUCUGAUCCUGUGUGUUCGUCUGGCUGUGCUGGUGGCCGUCACCCUGACUGUACCAGUGGUCCUGUUUCCUAUUCGACGUGCACUUCUCCAGCUCCUGUUCCCAGAGAAGCCCUUCCACUGGAUCCGUCACAUCGCCAUUGCUGUGUGUCUGCUCUUCGCCGUCAAUCUACUCGUCAUCCUCGUUCCCAACAUUCGAGACAUCUUUGGCAUUAUUGGGGCGACCACUGCUCCCAGUCUGAUCUUCAUCCUUCCUGGUCUCUUCUACAUCCGCAUCGUUCCUAAGGACCAAGAGCCAAUGAGUUCACGACCAAAGGUCCAGGCUGCUUGUUUCACAGCUUUGGGCUUCAUAUUCAUGACCAUGAGCCUGACAUUCAUUGUGCUCGACUGGAUGAGUGGAGUGAAACGAAGCGGCGGCGGCCACUAAAGCACAUCCCGAAGCCGAACAGCAAGGACAGCCCACCGCUGUGCCCCUUUUCCUCUCCUCUGAAUGGAGAACAAGAUUCAACUCCUGCUGGAAGGCUAUGGAUUAUCAAGGGGCACUGCGAAGACCGUUUUCACACCCGUUCAAAUCAAAAGGACACUGUACUCUUCCAUGGAAGCAGGCCAGAGUCUAAGAAGAACCCAGUGGUGUCCCAUCCUCCCGGGAUGAUCGAUCACACGUUGUGUUCCUCUCUUAUGCCUGAAGAGUCGAGGAACAUGCUGACCAUGGAAGCCCCUGAACCACUAAAUGCUAUUUGCCUACAAAGAAUGGAAGCUGAAUCUCGGUUAUGUUGUGAAUAAUAAGAGCAAUAUAAGAAGCAAAGUCAUCCAAUUGCCUCGAUGCAAAAAAAUUGAUUGUUGAUUAUUGUUAGGUUUUGUUGGGGAAAACUUGUAUUAGUAUGCGCUUUGUGAAAACGUUAUUCCAAAAAAUAUAUUUCUCAUCAUGAUAUUUCACAUUCUGUAAAUUAGUGUUGCCCAGGGAGCCAUGCUAAGUUGCUGAACAAGAUGUGUUUACAUAAUUCCCUUUAAUUGAUGAUAAAUUAAUGGCCUUUUCUCAUUGGCACUUGAAAACAAUUACAAAACAAUGAGAAGAAAAUCACUGAGAUAUUUUCUGAGCGUUUUAUUUAUAUUCUCUCAUAUUGCUUGAAUGCGGGAUAAUAAUGUUUUAUAGGCAGUAAUGGUGCAGUGAGCCUGUUUGUACAGCAGUACAAUGAUGAUUGCUGUGCUUUAUCAGGCUCACAAAUGGAUUUUUAGUUCUCUUUUUGUUACAUUAGUGUUUAAAUUAAUUCUGCAUGACAGUAUUUGGUAAA